AUGGUGAGACACCAGCCCCUGCAGUACUAUGAGCCACAGCUGUGCCUCUCCUGCCUCACGGGCAUCUACGGCUGCCGCUGGAAGCGCUACCAGAGAUCCCACGAUGACACCACACCGUGGGAACGCCUCUGGUUCCUGCUCCUCACCUUCACCUUUGGCCUCACACUCACCUGGCUCUACUUCUGGUGGGAAGUCCACAAUGACUACGAUGAAUUCAACUGGUACCUCUACAACCGCAUGGGCUACUGGAGCGACUGGUCUGUGCCCAUCCUCAUGACCACAGCUGCUGCCUUCACCUACAUCGCGGGCCUCCUGGUCCUGGCACUAUGUCACAUCGCCGUGGGGCAGCAGAUGAACCUACACUGGCUGCACAAGAUGGGGCUGGUGGUCAUCCUGGUGUCCACGGUGGUGGCCAUGUCGGCCGUGGCCCAGCUGUGGAAGGACGAGUGGGAGGUGCUGCUGAUCUCCCUGCAGGGCACAGCGCCAUUCCUGCAUGUAGGGGCCCUGGCCGCCAUCACCGCGCUCUCCUGGAUUGUGGCAGGACAGUUCGCCCGUGCAGAGCGGUCCUCCUCCCAGGUGGCCAUUCUCUGUAUCUUCUUUGCCAUGGUAUUUGCCUUCUACCUGGCCCCUCUCACCAUCUCAUCUCCCUGCAUCAUGGAGAAAAAGGACCUGGGCCCCAAGCCUGCCCUCAUUGGCCACCGUGGGGCUCCUAUGCUGGCCCCAGAGCACACAUUGAUGUCCUUCCGGAAGGCCCUGGAGCAGAAGCUGUAUGGGCUACAGGCUGAUGUCACCAUCAGCCUGGAUGGCGUGCCCUUCCUCAUGCAUGACACCACCCUGCGGCGCACCACCAACGUGGAGGAGGAGUUUCCGGAGCUCGCCCGCAGGCCCGCCUCCAUGCUGAACUGGACCAUCCUGCAGAGGCUCAAUGCCGGCCAGUGGUUCCUGAAGACGGAUCCCUUCUGGACGGCCAGCUCUCUGUCACCCUCCGACCACAGGGAGGCCCAGAACCAGUCCAUCUGCAGCUUAGCAGAGCUCCUGGAGCUGGCCAAGGGCAAUGCCACGCUGCUGCUCAACCUGCGUGACCCACCACGGGAGCACCCCUACCGUGGCAGCUUCCUCAAUGUCACGCUGGAGGCCUUGCUGCGCUCUGGGUUCCCCCAGCACCAGGUCAUGUGGCUGCCUAACAGGCAGAGGCCCUUUGUGCGGAAGGUGGCUCCUGGCUUCCAGCAGACAUCAGGUUCCAAGGAGGCGGCCGCCAGCCUGCGGAGAGGCCACAUCCAGAGGCUGAACCUGCGCUACACUCAGGUGUCCCGCCAGGAGCUCAGGGACUAUGCAUCCUGGAACUUGAGUGUGAACCUCUACACGGUCAAUGCACCGUGGCUCUUCUCUUUGCUGUGGUGUGCAGGAGUCCCAUCUGUCACCUCCGACAACUCCCAUACCCUGUCCCAGGUGCCUUCCCCUCUCUGGAUCAUGCCCCCGGACGAGUACUGUCUCAUGUGGGUCACUGCAGACCUGGUCUCCUUCAGCCUCAUCAUUGGCAUCUUCGUGCUCCAGAAGUGGCGCCUGGGUGGCAUUCGGAGCUACAACCCCGAGCAGAUCAUGCUGAGCGCUGCGGUGCGCCGGACCAGCCGGGAUGUCAGCAUCAUGAAGGAGAAGCUCAUCUUCUCAGAGAUCAGCGAUGGCAUGGAGGUUUCCGAUGAGCUCUCUGUAUGUUCAGACAACAGCUAUGACACGUAUGCCAACAGCGCUCCCACCCCUAAGGACAACCGAGGGAGUGGCAGCCGCACCAAGACUCUCACAGACCGGAGUGGGCGUUAG